GCAACCCCUUCAGACGGGGAAAAAAAAAAAUAUUCACUCUUAACAAUGGAGAAAAACUCGAAAAGACCAGAGAUUUUGUUGACCGAGGCAGAAGAAGUUGAGAAGGUAUUCGAGAAAUUCGAUAUUAAUGGAGAUCACAAAAUCUCGUUACAAGAACUCGGCGAAAUUUUGAAGGCGCUCGGCUCGAAAACUGGAGAGGAGGAAUUGAAGCGCAUAAUGUCGGAAUUAGACACAGACGGCGAUGGUUCCAUUGAUAUUAACGAGUUUAAGGCGUUCUAUUGUGGCAGUGGCGACAAUAAGGAGUUGAAGGAUGCAUUUGAUUUGUACGACAAGGACAAGAAUGGGAAAAUCUCGGCGAGUGAGUUGUACUCGGUACUAGAGGGCCUGGGUGAGAAGUGUAGCCUCAAGGACUGCCGACGAAUGAUCAGCACCGUCGAUGUUGACGGCGACGGCUGCGUUAACUUCGAAGAAUUCAAAAAGAUGAUGAGUGGGUAGGCCUUCGUCAUAGCACGUGACUCUUACUAUUUCUGAAUUCUAACUUUACUUCUCCGUUCUAUUGCAAUUUAAAAGUAACUUUUAGAUAGUGGUUUCAGGUGAAUAUGAAUAUUCACAAUCACACUUUGAUCUUCUUUCCUUAUUAUCCUGUUCUAUUUUGACUGGUUAUGGAAAGAAAAUUGUGAAUUACUGCUAAAUUUUUGUUAUAUCUGCAAAUAGUUUAGGUCAAUCCAUUAAUAAGUGUUAGCAGUAAAACUAGUGGUGGAACUAUUGCGAUUUGAUUUCAAUGAACUAAAUUUAGUUGAUCA